AUGGCAAACCACGAGUCCACCGAAGGGAACAACUUUACUGACUCUUCAGUAGGCCACGAUCCAACAAUUUUUCAAGUCAAAGGUAUAAUUACUAUUAGAUUGUCACAAUUAAAGUAUUUCACAUUUACAAUAAUUGGUAUAGCACUUUUAUGGCCUUGGAACUGUUUCUUAUCAGCAUCUGCAUAUUACGGUGAGAGGUUUGUUAACUCACCAUCUUUGACAAAAGUGUACUCGUCAACAAUGAUGAGUGUUUCAACCAUCACUUCGACAUUAUACAACUUUUAUUUAUCCCAACAACAGACAAACGUGAAUUAUAACUUUAGAGUCCAACUUGGAUUUUACAUUACCAUAUUUGUAUUUAUAUUUAUGGCCAUUUCAUGUGUGACAAAUGUGUUCAUUGACAUGAGUGAUGUGGUAUUUUUUACCCUUUUGAUGGUGAUGGUGUUCUUAUCAGCUGUUGCAACUUGCUUGGCACAGAAUGGUACUAUGGCCAUUGUAAACGUCAUGGGUGGAAUUUAUGCCAACGCUGUUAUGGUUGGACAAGCUGUUGCCGGUGUCUUACCAUCAUGUGCAUUAAUCAUCUCCAUAUUAUUGGUUGGUGAUAAGACAUUAGAACAACAUAGAGUAGAAAAGGACUAUGGUGUGUUUGUAUACUAUAUUACUGCAAGUUUGGUUUGUAUUAUUUCAUUAGCAUUGCUUUAUUGGGUCACGUAUCACAGAGAUGAAGUUGGAUACCAAAGGUUGAACCAGUUAAUGGAGGAAGACUUGGAUGACUCAAAUAUAGUAGAUGAACAAGAUGGCGUUGAUCCAGUUCAUACACAGAAAAAAUUUGUUCCAUUCACAGUAUUAUGGUCCAAAUUAAACCAGAUAGUCAUGACAAUCUUUUUUACUUUUGGAAUCACAUUGAUUUUCCCCGUGUUUGCAUCCGUCGUUGAAUCAGUACAUCCAGAUUCUCCGUAUAGAUUUUUCCAUAAAAAUAUCUACAUCCCAUUCAUUUAUUUGAUUUGGAACCUUGGUGAUUUAUUAGGAAGAGUCUUGUGUGGUUAUCCAAAAUUGCGCAUGUUGAUUAAAAACCCAAGAACCCAACUUAUUUAUUCAUUAUCAAGAUUGAUAUUCAUUCCAUUAUUUUUAACUUGUAAUAUUCAUCCUGGAAAGAAAGAACCAUUUAUAAAGUCUGAUUUAUGGUAUAUUUUAUUGCAAUUAUUAUUUGGAAUUUCAAAUGGCCAAUUGUGUACAUCUGCGUUUAUGGUGGUUGGUGAUUACUGUGACACAGAUGAUGAAAAAGAGGCAGCAGGUGGAUUUACAACAGUAUUUUUAAGUACUGGUCUUGCCGUGGGCAGUGUAUUAAGUUAUUUAUUAGUUUUAGUAGUAAGUUAA